AUGUCCGAUUCUCAUGGAGGUGACGAGCAGUCCCACUCUGCCACUGGUCCCCUUCGCCGAGCCAGAGCUCCUACCAUAACUAUCGACACGUCCGCUGUGAACUCGCCAGAUGACAGCCCACUCGCUGCCCACUCUAGCCCGCAGCCAUUACUGCACCGCUCGCCCGAUCAUAUCACUUCCAUAGACUCACAUGCUCUGUACAAUGGUAGCGUGUCCCCCAAUGAUGGCCGCUACUCCUCCUCAAUUCGAUCCAAUGCUUCGUCCGAAGCGCGUGAUCGCGAAAGUCACCCGACAUCACCUCACAAUGUCUCGUCGCCAAAGAAUAAACAUCUCGACUCGCACUCGAACUUUCUGUCCGUUCCAGGAACCCGGUCACGUGGUAACUCAUUGGAGUCCGAAGAUACCAGUCAGACUUCUAGUACCUACGGUGGAGAGACUUAUGCGCCUACCGCCGCAUCACACAGCUCCCAGUCCGAGCUGACUCCUAAUUCUAAUAAAAACCACGAUCUCUACGACGAGGAUGCACUUACCCCGGAUCCUGGCCGAGAGGAUGAAUUUGUGGUCCAAAACAACAAGUUUGCCUUUUCACCUGGCCAGCUCAAUAAGCUCCUCAACCCAAAAAACUUCGCUGCCUUUCGUAUCCUGGGCGGAAUCAAGGGUCUUGAAAAGGGGCUACGUACGAAUGUCCACAGUGGCCUGAGCUUAGAUGAAACAAGCUUGGAUGGGGCGGCGGACAUGGAGCAGGUGCCUACUUCAUCAUCAGUGCGCAAAUCAGCAUCUCAAUUGAUAACUCCACCUGCGCCGGAUAGCCCUGCAGUGGCAGAUUCCAGCGGGCCAUUCUCAGACCGCAAGCGCGUGUUUGGAACUAACCUCCUACCGGAGCGAAAGCUCAAGACAAUUUGGGAAUUGGCAUGGAUAGCAUACAACGACAAGGUCUUGAUCCUGCUGACUAUUGCCGCUGUCGUUUCACUCGCUGUUGGUAUCCCGCAAUCUUUGCAUCCAGCCAACCCGGACGAACCUGGUGUGGAAUGGGUCGAAGGUCUUGCAAUUCUGAUUGCCAUCAUCAUCGUUGUCACUGUCGGUGCUGUAAACGAUUGGCAAAAGGAACGGCAGUUCGCCAAGCUCAACAAGAAGAAGGAGAACAGACUUGUCAAGGUAAUCCGAUCUGGUAAAACCAUUGAGAUCUCAAUUCAUGACAUACUGGUGGGCGAGGUGAUGCACUUGGAGCCCGGUGACAUGGUCCCGGUUGAUGGUAUCUUGAUUGCCGGCCACGAUGUCAAGUGCGACGAAUCCUCCGCAACUGGUGAAUCUGAUGUGCUCCGCAAAACCCCCGGUGAAGAAGUCUUCCGGAAUAUUGAGCAGCACGAGGAUCUCAAGAAGAUGGACCCUUUUAUCGUCUCUGGCGCGAAGGUGUCCGAGGGCGUCGGAACUUUCUUGGUUACUGCCACUGGUGUUCAUUCGACGCAUGGUCGGACUAUGAUGUCUCUUCAAGAGGAGGGUGAAACAACCCCGUUGCAGACCAAGCUCAACAAACUCGCCGAGUACAUCGCCAAGCUUGGUCUUGCCUCUGGUCUCCUGUUGUUCGUUGUUCUAUUUAUCAAAUUCCUCGUUCGGCUCAAGCACAUGGAUGGCGGCGGUGACGCGAAAGGACAGGCCUUCUUGCAGAUUUUCAUCGUCGCUGUGACCAUCGUUGUCGUUGCGGUUCCUGAGGGCUUGCCACUAGCAGUCACGCUUGCGCUCGCCUUUGCCACCACGAGGAUGAUCAAAGACAACAACCUGGUCCGAUUCCUGAAAGCUUGUGAAACAAUGGGCAACGCGACCACUAUCUGCUCCGACAAGACCGGAACCCUUACGGAGAAUAAAAUGACGGCAGUCGCUGCAACUCUUGGAACUACCUCACGGUUUGGAAAGGCUUCAGACCCCCAGUCUGCAGAUGUAUCUGCCUCAGAGUUUGUGGCCACGCUAUCUCCAUCUGUCAAGGAGCUGCUACUUAAGUCAAUCGUGCUGAACUCAACUGCCUUUGAGGGAGAAUCAGAUGGUGUGAACACUUUCAUUGGAUCUAAGACCGAGACUGCCCUUCUGUCCUUCGCGCGAGACUAUCUUGGAAUGGGACCUCCAAGUGAACAGCGCGCCAGUGCAAAGAUCGCACAGAUGUACCCAUUCGAUUCAGGCCGCAAGUGCAUGGCAGUUGUGGUCCAGCUGGAGACCGGCAAGUACCGAAUGCUAGUCAAGGGUGCUGCAGAGAUUCUCAUGGCAAAGUCGACCCGCAUUGUGCGCGAUCCUACCGGUGAUCUUACUGAGAUCCCGAUGACUGCCGAGGACCGAACCACCCUGGAUAAUACUAUCACAACUUACGCAACCCGUUCAUUGCGGUGCAUUGCCCUCGUGUACCGUGAUUUCGAACAAUGGCCACCUCGUGGAGCACCGACUCAGGAAACUGAUCAAUCCGAGGCCACCUUCGAGCCUAUAUUCAAAGAUAUGUCUGUCCUUGGUCUAUUUGGUAUUCAAGAUCCUGUUCGACAGGGUGUUGCUGAAGCUGUCCACACGUGUCAGCGCGCAGGUGUCUUCGUUCGUAUGGUUACCGGUGAUAACAUCAUGACUGCCAAGGCCAUCGCCCAGGAGUGUGGUAUCUACACACCUGGCGGCAUUGCUAUCGAAGGCCCCAAGUUCCGCAAGCUCAGCUCUAAGCAGAUGAAUCAGAUCAUCCCCCGACUCCAGGUCAUUGCGCGCUCAAGUCCAGAGGACAAGAAGAUCCUCGUGAACCAGCUCAAGAAGCUGGGCGAGACUGUUGCUGUGACUGGUGAUGGUACCAACGACGCUCAGGCUCUUAAGAAUGCCGAUGUCGGUUUUGCGAUGGGUGUGACUGGUACUGAGGUAGCAAAGGAAGCUUCGGACAUUAUCCUCAUGGACGACAACUUUGCCUCUAUUGUCAAGGCCAUGGCAUGGGGUCGGACCGUCAGUGACGCAGUGAAAAAGUUUCUCCAGUUUCAAAUUACUGUGAAUAUCACUGCUGUCGUUCUUACAUUCGUCUCGGCCGUGGCAAGUAGUUCCGAAAGUUCAGUCCUCAGCGCAGUCCAGCUGCUAUGGGUCAACCUCAUCAUGGAUACCUUUGCCGCUCUUGCACUUGCCACUGAUCCCCCGUCGCCUUAUGUUCUAGAUCGUCGUCCUGAAUCUAAAUCCGAUCCGCUCAUCACCUUCUGCAUGUGGAAGAUGAUCAUCGGUCAGGCAAUCUACCAGCUCGUAGUGACAUUGGUCCUGAACUUUGCGGGUGACUCCAUUUUCUCCUGGGACGCUGAUCAUAUGCAGACUGUUGUUUUCAACACAUUCGUCUUCAUGCAGAUCUUCAACCAGUACAACUCUCGUCGGAUCGACAACAAGCUCAACAUUUUGGAAGGAAUCUGGCGCAACAAAUGGUUCAUUGGAAUUCAAUUAAUCAUCGUCGGCGGUCAAAUUCUCAUCAUCUUCGUUGGUGGCAGAGCGUUUUCCGUGAAGCGUUUGAAUGAAGGUGGCCAGUGGGCAGUUAGUCUAGUUCUUGGAGCCAUUUCUAUCCCCAUCGCGGUGGUGAUUCGACUUAUCCCCGACGAAUUCAUCAGCAAAAUUAUCCCCCACUUCUGGCACCAUAAAGAAGCUGGACCCGAACUUGUGGUCUCUGACGAGCACCGCUACGAGUGGAACCCGGCCCUGGAAGAGAUCUACGACCAGCUGGCCUUCAUCAAGAGAGUCCGCGGAGGACGACUGAAGCACAUCCGGCACAAGCUGCAACACCCACAAGAAUUACUGCCCCGGUCUCGCAGUGGCUCUCGCUCUCGUGAUUCCUCUGUUUCACCCACUCCAAAUGCCGAGAACGGUGAAAGUCCUGUCUUCGCACCUUCGACUCCAGACCCCGAGUCUCGCUCCAGACGCAACACUGCCCGGUCCCGUUCAAACUCGGCCUUUGGUCCCGCAGCUGCGAUGGCGGGUGUCAUCGCCGGCAGUAUCGCCGGCUGGUCUCCCAUAGAGCGCCCUGCCGAACCAGAGGUGUUUUCCUUCCAGAGCAACGCUCCGCACGGCGGCCUAGACCAACAACAAGGAAUCGAAGUCCACCCAGACACAGCAGCCGACGACCACGUCAUCAGCGACUACUCGCCCAAUGCCCGGACCCCACCCAGCCAAAACCCAGACUUGAUCCCCUUCUUUGAGCACGCGCCCCCGGCAGUUGAUCGAACCCCGUCCAGCCGUGGCCGUCGCUCUCUCUCCCAACGAUCCCGCUCAAGUCAAAGCCACUCGCAGGUUUAA